UUCUAAACAAAAAAAACUAGUGUGCAAUAAACAGUAAAAAUCUAUAUAUUUCAGCUGGCUUUUGUGUUUGUUUAUCAGCGAUGUUUUCGAUUUCAACAAAGUUUGAACGACGAGCAAUUUUUCGUUUCUUGACUCUUCUUUUCGUCACCUUUUCUGUAAUUUUAACGGCUAUUACAAUUUUCACGGACCGAUGGUUUCAAGAAAGAAACAUUUCUCUCAACGUUUGGAGAUGGAAUGGACUGUGGAGGAUUUGCUCUGAACGUACAAAUCAGAAUUUUACGAGGGUUAUGUUGUGUCGAAAGCUAAAUGAAGAUGAAAUCACAGGUACAAUUAAAGCGGCAAGAAUAUUACUUUCAACAAGUCUCGUUAUAAAUUGUUUGGUUAAUGUGGUAGCAAUACUAAUGAAAAUAUUCAAAAGAAAACUUAUGAUGGAUGUUUUAUCUGUAAUGAUUUUAAUAUCUAAUAUUUUGCUGACGUCAGGAUUAUCCGUGUUUGUCGAUAAAUACGAAACGUUCGGAUCAGCUCGUUAUGUAUAUGGUUAUUCUAUGGUAACCGGCUGGAUAAGCUUCGCCUGUUUGGUAGUAGCGAAUUUAUUUUCCUUGUUAUCCCGUAACGACAAAGAAAAGUGAUAUUUUUAGAACAGGAAGAUGUGCUCAUCCAAUGAGGGAUGGGAAGCCUUAGUAGGUUCAAUCGAGAACGAAGAAAAAAAAAUGGACUCGAUUAGCCAUUCUGUUUACGUUUUAUUUAUUAAACGUUAAAUAAAGACAACGAGAAAAUAGGUAUUGUAUGUAGAAAAUGUUUUUAGGGUCAAAAUAUUAUUUUGUUUAUUUUGGA